AUGUACGAAAUACCAAUACCGCCGGCGGUGCCAUCAACCACAGCAAAUUUCAUGGAAGUUGAAGUUGAGAGUUCAACUAUGGCAACUGUUACGGUGGAUAAGCAUGCGUUGAUUGUGGCCAAAAUUGUGGCUAUGGUGGUGCUAAUUGUGGUGACUGUGGUCUGUGGCAGUUUACCCUACAUGCUGGAUCGUUGCCUGGAAUGGACUAAAAAAGAUCCCGAAGAGACGCGCGCUUCGACUGCGGUGCGCUGUCUGCUCUACUUUGGUGGUGGUGUCUUGCUUUGCACCACAUUUCUCCAGAUGUUGACGGAAUUGAUAGAAGUGGUUGAGCUAUUGCAGCACUGUGGCAUAUUGGUGGCGACACCUUUUGCCCUUCCCGAAAUGCUGAUGUGCACAGGAUUCUUUUUGAUGUAUGCCCUGGAUGAAGUGAUGCAUGUGUUUAUGCAGCAUCAUCAGCACAAGCUGAGCCGAAAGGAAUCGCUGGCCAGUGAAGCCUUCGAGCGUGGUCACAGCAUUCGGCAUAGCAUAUUGCUGCGUAGCACACGACGCAAACCGGAUGAACUGCAGGCGAGUAAAGAGGAGCAUCAACAUAGCGAUCACGAGCUGCCGGCAGCGAAUGGACAUGGACACAGUCAUGUGCCCGUGGAUACCAAUGGCUCCUCAAUGCGCGGAUUGGGCAUUAUAUUGGCCUUGUCGCUGCACGAACUCUUUGAGGGCAUGGCCAUAGGCUUGGAGGGCACUGUGGCAACAGUUUGGUUCAUGUUUGCCGCUGUGGCCGCCCACAAAUUGGUGCUGGCUUUCUGUGUGGGCAUGGAGCUGCUGGUGGCUAGAACCCGUGCUUCCCUGGCCAUCAUCUAUCUCGUAACAUACUCGAUUGUUACGGCUAUUGGCAUAGGCAUUGGCAUUGGCAUCAGUCAGCAGGCAAAUGCGAAUCAGCCGAGUGUCCCUUCUGGCAUAUUACAGGGCAUUGCCUCCGGCACGUUGCUCUAUGUCGUCUUCUUUGAGAUUCUUACACAGAAUCAUGCUGGUUGGCGUGCUUAUUUAGCUGCCCUGGUCGGCUUUGCUUUAAUGUUUGGACUGCAAAUACUUUCUGACGAAGCGGAAGGGGCUGAUAACGACUCAUGUUACUAG